AUGGCAAGAUUGCUUGAGGGCCUUACGCUGAUCAAGUGCCGCGUGUGUGAUGAGACACCCCUGAAGCUGAGGGUGGAGUCCUCCUCCAGCAAGCAGGUACAGCUGGGUGCAAAGGCUGAGCAAUGUGUAGCCAAAGUAAUGCAAACGCGUUUCAAGAUUGGAGUGGUCGUCAGGGAAGUGGUUUCUGGGCGCGUGUGCUGCUACAAGGGCAUUGCGCCAAGCAUUCUGCAGGGCCUGGAACGAACAAGGGGAGAGGACAUUUGUUUGUCCCAGUCUCGAAUCAUUAGCUCUGUUCCUGCGCUGGAUUCUGGGUAUGACUUGUUCAAAUUGAACUUGGAUGUGACGACUGCGGUUGCGGAACAACACAUGAGCGGCUUGAUCGCCAGCUCAUUGUUUCUCCGCCAAGCAGGAUCAUUUGCAGCUUUUCGGGAGCACCUGCUGGCAGAAAUGCAGAGCAAUCUCAUGGUUAUACAUGGGCCAGCGCCCAUGGGCAUGGCAAAGGAAUUCCGGGAGCAGGUGUACACCACCUUUCUGAGCACCAACUUAGCCAGGGACGCAGAUAUUCCUAAAGCGCAAGUGCGGCGAGCAGAGCAGAAAGCAGUUUUGAGCAGGUUCUUGUGUGGCGACCUGGAGGAUGAGACAUGUGCGCAAUUCUUCACUGGCGCACUUCAUGCAACUGAGGAUCAGAUCACGCAGGCCCUGAAAAACUUUGUUAUCCCAGCUCUUGUGCCGGGCAGCAUGCCAACCUAUGCUCGACACAGGUGGAUGCGAGGCGAGCAGGCUGUUGACUUUGUCGGCCUUCUAGAAAGCCAUCACCGCCUUUUCUCCAGGACUAUUCUGCGAAUGUUCAACAUCGCUCGUAGCCUACCUCUUCAAUCAGGAGGUGUUGUUCCAGUUGGCUGGGAUGCUUUGGAGGCCGAGGCUUUCCCAGGGCAACAGGUGGAUACAGCAGUUGAUGCUGUCUUGGAGGAGGCUUCUGCGAUCAAUGACUUCCCUGCUUCCAAAGAUGCUUCUGAUUGGGCAGAAUUUAACAAGUCCAUGCAGAAGAAAGUUCAGGCGUGGGCCAAAGAUACGGACUUGGCUGUUUUGGCUUUGAUGCGACGCGUCAUGACUGCAUCCGCGAAUCUGAUGCGCAUGUUCCUCAAGAGGUCCAGCGAGGAUUGGGGCAAGGAGCAGGACA